AUGGCAUUUGAUCGAUUCAUUGCUAUUAGCUUUCCCCUUCGGUACCACAGUUAUUUAACAAAUGUUCGCACUUUUGUCCUUAUACAUAUUCUGUGGAUUGUUGCUUGUGGUUUUGUGGCUGUACUUCCUGCAACUCUGCUUCCUCUCCCUCACUGCUACUCAAAGCUGAAGUACACUUUCUGUGAGUAUGCUGCCAUAAUGCGAACUACUUGUGUUGACAAAACGUACUAUUUCAAUCUGGUUUCCGUCAUAUUAUUUUUUCUCAUAUUUUUUACUUUCACUUUUAUUUGCCUGUCAUACUUUUCGAUAAUAGCUUUUGUGAAAUUAUCCUCAAAUAUUGACAAAAGAAAAAUGGGCACUACUUGCUUGAGUCACUUAAUCGUAGUAAUGGGCUAUUACAGUCCAAUAUUUAUCAGCAGUAUCUUGACCAGGAUAGGCUUGGUAUUAACUCUUGAGGCUCGCCAUGGUUUAAUGGUCGGGUCCAUCCUCGGUCCAUGUCUUUUAAAUCCUUUGGUGUACUGUUUUCAGUCAAAAGAAAUCAAAUGUAAGAUCUUUCAGGUGGUGGUGGUGGUGGAGGGGGGUUGA